AAAAACUGCGAUGGCACCUUUGGCGACCAAUGUUGGGGAUGAGUCGAUGGGGAAAGCUCCAGCGGCAAUCCUAGCCAUUGGCACAGCUAAUCCGCCGUACUGCAUCCACCAGGACGAUUAUCCUGAUUUUCUCUUUCGGAUCACAAACUCCAACCACCUUACUCACGUCAAAGAGAAGUUUGCGCGCAUUUGUGAGAAAUCUGCGAUAAAGAAGCGAUAUUUUCACUUGAACGAAGAAAUUCUCAAGCAAAACCCAGCUUUAUGCUCUUACAGCGCCUCAUCACUAAACUUACGUCAAGAUAUGACGAUCGACAUGCUCCCGAAGCUCGGCAUGGAAGCCGCCGUGAAGGCCAUCGAAGAAUGGGGCCAACCCAAGUCUACGAUCACCCACCUUGUCUUCUGCUCCUUCUCCGGUGCGGACAUGCCUGGCGCGGACCUAAAGCUCCUCAACAUGCUCGGCCUCCGACCUUCGGUCAGCCGGGUCAUGCUCUAUAGCCUCGGCUGCUAUGCCGGAGGAACCGUCCUCCGAAUCGCCAAGGACAUUGCUGAGAACAACCCUGGGGCUCGGGUGCUCGUCGUUUGCGCAGAGACGACCAUCCCCACGUUUCGAGCUCCCUCCGAGGACGAUCCGGUGUACUUAGUGAGCAAUGCAAUCUUUGCUGAUGGCGCGGCAGCUAUGAUCAUCGGCGCUGCUUGGCCACGCGUGACCACAGAACGGCCAAUCUUCCAAAUCAUCUCCGCCUCGCAGUCGGUGGUGCCGGACUCCGACGGGAUGAUCCAAGGCCAUUACCGCGAGGUCGGUGUCACCAUGCAGAUAUCGGAGAAGGUGCCGGAACUGAUUUCCGCGGAUCUGGAGGGCAAUUUGGUCGAAGCUUUCGGCUCGAUUAAGGUCACGGAUUGGAACUCCAUUUUCUGGGCCCCACAUCCCGGAGGGAGGAGGAUUCUUGACUCCAUAGAAGCAACAUUUGGAUUGAGGAAAGAGAGACUAAGAGCUACGAGGCAGGUGUUGAAAGAGUUCGGGAACAUGUUCGGCGUGUGUGUUAUCUUCAUUCUGGACGAGAUCAGGAAAAGGUCGAUCAAGGAAGGGAAGGCCACGACGGGGGAGGGGAUGGAGUUGGGGGUGCUAUUAGGGUUCGGGCCCGGUCUCACCAUCGAGACCGUCGUUUUACGGAGUGUGCCCAUCGUUGACGGGUGA